UUUCACGAAAAGCCCCGAAGUUUGACACGAAGUGUUCCGAGAGCCUGUCCGCCAUAUUGUCAUGUCAAUUUUGUGACGGUGGUGGAUUCAUUGUGCAUUAUUUCAGCAGAUUAUUGUUGUAAAAUUGUGUUAAUUCCUUGCAGCUCACUGCAGUCACGGCGCAGGGUGCAUUGUUGCAUCCUCUGAACCAUGAGCUACCAGAUACCAUCGUCCCAGAGCCGCACGAUGUCUCACAGCAACUAUGCCGGCUCCGACGUGCCGAUGGCACCAAGCAAGGAGCAGCAGACCCUUAUGUGGCAGCAGAACUCCUACCUGGUUGACUCUGGUAUCAAUUCCGGGGCUGCUACUCAGGUCCCAUCACUCACGGGGAAGGAAGAUGACGAGAUGGAGGGAGAUCAACUCAUGUUUGAUCUGGAUCAGGGCUUCGCUCAGGGUUUUACCCAGGAGCAGGUUGAUGAUAUGAACCAGCAGCUAUCCCAAACUCGCUCCCAGCGUGUCCGUGCUGCUAUGUUCCCUGAAACCCUGGAGGAAGGCAUUGAGAUCCCCUCCACUCAGCUGGACCCUGCGCAGCCAACUGCUGUGCAGCGCCUUGCUGAGCCCUCGCAGAUGCUCAAGCAUGCUGUGGUCAACCUCAUCAAUUAUCAGGAUGAUGCUGACUUAGCCACCAGGGCUAUACCAGAGUUGAUCAAGCUACUCAACGAUGAGGAUCAAGUGGUAGUCUCCCAGGCUGCCAUGAUGGUUCACCAGCUCUCCAAGAAGGAAGCUUCUCGCCAUGCCAUCAUGAACUCGCCUCAGAUGGUCGCUGCUUUAGUUCGCGCCAUUUCCAACAGCAAUGAUCUCGAGACUACUAAGGGGGCUGUGGGAACCUUGCACAACUUGUCUCACCACCGUCAAGGUCUACUCGCCAUCUUCAAAAGUGGUGGUAUUCCCGCUUUGGUGAAGCUUCUAAGCUCGCCAGUGGAGUCUGUACUCUUCUAUGCCAUCACGACCCUGCAUAACUUGCUCCUACACCAGGAUGGUUCUAAGAUGGCGGUACGCCUCGCUGGAGGGCUCCAGAAAAUGGUAGCUUUGCUGCAGAGGAACAACGUGAAGUUCUUGGCGAUUGUGACUGAUUGUCUGCAGAUCUUGGCCUAUGGAAACCAAGAGUCGAAACUGAUCAUUCUUGCCUCUCAGGGCCCUAUCGAAUUGGUCCGUAUCAUGCGCUCUUACGACUACGAAAAGUUGCUGUGGACCACCUCUCGAGUUCUGAAGGUGCUGUCAGUUUGCUCCAGCAACAAGCCUGCUAUCGUCGAGGCUGGCGGUAUGCAAGCCUUAGCUAUGCAUCUUGGCAACCCAAGCGGCCGUCUCGUGCAGAACUGCCUCUGGACUCUGAGGAACUUGUCCGAUGCAGCCACUAAGGUGGAGGGCCUGGAAGCUCUGCUGCAGAGCCUGGUGCAAGUGCUCGCUUCCACUGACGUUAACAUCGUCACGUGUGCUGCCGGCAUCCUGUCCAACUUGACUUGCAACAACCAACGUAACAAGGUGACAGUAUGCCAAGCCGGUGGCGUGGAUGCUUUAGUCCGCACGGUGGUAUCAGCCGGCGACCGCGAGGAGAUCACGGAGCCUGCUGUUUGUGCUCUGCGCCACCUCACCUCGCGCCACGUCGAGAGCGAGAUGGCCCAGAACGCUGUGCGGUUGCACUAUGGAUUGCCUGUAAUAGUGAAGCUGCUGCAGCCGCCGUCUCGCUGGCCGCUGGUGAAGGCGGUGGUGGGCUUGGUGCGCAACCUGGCGCUGUGCCCCGCCAACUACGCGCCGCUGCGCGAGCACGGCGCCGUGCAUCAUCUCGUGCGCCUGCUCAUGAGGGCUUUCAAUGAUACGCAAAGGCAACGCAGCUCGUCGGGCGGCGGCACGGCUGGCGGCGCCUACGCCGACGGAGUGCGCAUGGAGGAGAUCGUGGAGGGAGCUGUGGGAGCCCUGCACAUCUUAGCACGGGAGAGCGUCAACAGGCAGCUCAUACGCCAGCAGAACGUUAUACCCAUAUUCGUGCAGCUGCUGUUCAAUGAGAUUGAGAAUAUACAGCGCGUGGCAGCAGGAGUACUCUGCGAGCUGGCCGUCGAGAAGGAAGGCGCCGAGAUGAUAGAAGCUGAAGGCGCCACGGCCCCGCUCACCGAGCUGCUGCACUCACGGAACGAAGGUUGCUACUCAAGCGUAGCGACCUAUGCAGCAGCAGUACUAUUCCGCAUGUCCGAAGAUAAGCCUCAUGACUACAAGAAGAGACUCUCUAUGGAGUUAACUAACUCGCUGUUCCGCGAUGACCAUCAGAUGUGGCCCAACGAUCUGGCCAUGCAACCUGAUCUGCAGGAUAUGCUCGGACCAGAGCAGGGAUAUGAAGGCCUGUAUGGAACCCGACCGUCGUUUCACCAGCAAGGCUACGAUCAAAUACCGAUAGACUCAAUGCAGGGGUUAGAAAUAGGCAGCGGUUUCGGUAUGGACAUGGACAUCGGUGAGAACGAAGGAGCAGGCGCCGCGUCAGCAGACCUGGCCUUCCCUGAACCGCCUCACGAUAAUAACAACGUCGCUGCUUGGUACGACACCGAUCUCUAGGCCAUACGCCUUUGUAGCUAAACCAUGGAGAUCAUAAUGACGAGUGGAGAUGCCAUAAUGGAAAAUCUCUAAAGAAAGUAGGUAAAGGCAAAAUGCGGGUGUUCGGAGGACGGGGAACCCGGCCAAAAAAUCAUUGGCAGAUGUCUCAAAGAACCCGAAUGCCUUGUAAGUUCACUCGUAACUGAGCGUUUCGAUCCAGGUCACCGAACGUAUUUUACUCCUACAUGCAUUAUGGCAUCUCCGUUCAUUUUUCUUUACUCCGUGUAGCUAAACAUAUUGACAUAUUUUACGAGUUCAGUUCAAUUUAGUUUUAAGCCUAAUUAUGUAGUGUGUUUUUGUUAGUGUUGUGUCACUCUGAAGUAGAAUUUAUGGGAUAUUCAAUAAAUAGACAAUUCAGUAAUGUAUUCCGCAUAUACAAUGUUUCAUGUAAUAAGCGUGUUCAUGAUUAUACUCGCGUAUAAUUUACCAGUGUUUAGUCGUAAAUAAGUUUCCAAGUUACACUAAGUUGGUCUUAGUCUAAUUUGGAGAUAUCUGACGACGUUUUCUUAUCAUGUCCAUGCAAUAUGUUUUAAAUUGACGCAACUACAAUGUUAUUAAAAUCUGUGAUGAAAGAGCAGCUAUACAAAGCUUGACGUUACCAAGCAGAAUUAUUACAAAAAAACUCGAGUUUAUUUACAUUGGUGCUAUAAAACAACAUGGUAAUGUUGAUUGCGAAAUUAUACACAGCAAAAUGUUUUACUUUAUACAUUUUUAUGUUCAACUGCAGCGUGAAAUGUCAGAUUAUUCGGUAAAUAUACCCUGCAUUGGUUAUAUCGUAGUUUUAUACGCGCACGUAUAAAAUGCGUUUAAUCGGAGAAUAGGGUACUCUACAGUAAGGUUAAGAUUUUUUAUAGGCUUUAAAAUCGUAUUUCUUAGUACUUGUAAUUGAAUUAGUAAUGCGCAUUUAAAGUAUUGAAAUUAUUUAAGAAUGAUCGAGUUUUUAAUCUUUUUUUUAUUAUUAUUUUGUUACAAUUUUGUAUGAAUCAUUAUUUAAAUGAUGAAUAAGACUGUUUGAUUGAGUGAGUCAUGUAUUCGAAGUUAAUUUUAAUGUUUGACUGCCAUUUUUUUAUCCUGCCCUGCUGAACAAGGCCAAAUUUUAGGACUGUAGAACGGAUAUAGCCACACGUACGAUUUUUUAUUGUAGGCUAAGUUUAGUAUUUGUUGACGAGAAUGUGAUGUUCUCCGAAGUAGUAUAAGUAGUGAGAUUAAGAAUAACAAAAUUUUAUGUAUUCAAUUCACGUGGACUAAUAGCGAUACAUUUUCUUAUAUGAAUGGAUGCAUGUUUUUUAUUAUUUCAUAUUGUUUUAUGAGCGGUACUUAAGAUGAAGUACGUUAUGUUAUAGUUUUUACCAAUAAUAUCGGCUAUUUGCACUUCCUAUGAUGUACGGAACUAGAGACGCACUAAACCGUUAGAACAAUGUAUCUUAGAAUAAUGUAAUCAUUUAACGUAAGAUUUAUAAUAAUUUACUCGAUUGUCCACUUAGGAUCCUCGUAUAUAUUUUUUUCUAUUUCAUAUUUUAAUCAACUUUACCGAUGUUUUUAUAUCGACUCGACUAUGGAGACAUUCGUAAAGUGUCACAAUUCGUGUCCAUUCUGUAUGGAUGAUCAAAUAAAUUUAAUUAAAAUA